CCAUCGAAUACUUCAAAAUGAGCAUUGCACGCCUUACGCCGGAAGUGCAGCAGAUCCAACAACGCGUCCCACUGAUAGACACAUACACGGACGCCACAGCAACUCUUCUUCGAGCAAGACCUGUUGAUCAGCAUGCGACCUUAACAAAUGCUUCACGCUCACCCACCUCCAAAAAGGUGGACGAACCCCUCUUGGCUAGGGAGCCCGACACAUCAACGACGAUGCUCCAUUUGACUUAUGGGAUGAAGCCAAAAGAGACUAUCAAUUUCCGAAAGGUGCUGAGUACGGCUAGCUCAGCUGAGGAUUAUGUGCUUUGUUCAGAGGCGCUGGGAGGUCUUCACGAUUUUCUUUGCUUGGUGGUGGCGGGGAGGGGUGUGGUGACAGGAUAAGGGGGUGGUGAGAGUUUGGACAGUGGUGACAGGAAGGGCAUGGCGACAGGUUAGGCGCGGUGACAGGAUAAGGGCACGAUGAAAGGUCAG